AACCUCUUCUCUUCGAGCUAUGGCGGCCUUUGAAACAGGGCAGCAAGACAGAGCUGAUGAAAACGAUGAAAUUGCGUUCAAAGAUGGCGACACUGACAUCUGCCAACAGCUUAUGGACCGUUAUGCCAAGUCCUCCGCCUCGCAGCACCGCCAUCUCGUCGCCACCGCCGCCGCGAUGCGCUCCAUUCUCACCGCCGAGUCUCUUCCGCCGUCUCCUCCUGCUUUCUUCGCAGCUGCUAUAUCCUCGUUGGAUUCUUCGACGGCUGAUCCCAUGGCGGUUUCUGCUUUGCUUACAUUCCUGUCCUUAGUCGUUCCUCUUGUUCCUCCCGGAGAAAUUUCAGCUACUAUGGCUCGAGAGGCUGUGAUUGUUCUGGUAAAUAGAAUUGACGGAGAAGGAGAUAAACUAGGGGUUGCGAGCUUGAGAGCUGGUGUGAAGUGUAUUGGAACCUUGCUCAUUGGCUUCUGCGAUUUGGAUGAUUGGGAAUCUAUUCGAAUUGGGUUUGCUUCACUUCUCAAAUUCGCCAUUGAUAAACGUCCCAAGGUUAGAAGAUGCGCUCAAGAGUGUCUGGAGAAAUUAUUUGCUUCUCUCCGAUCGUCUACUGUUAUAAAGGAAGCAAGUAAUACGGUAUAUGGUUUACUUAAAGAACAUAAGCCUGUCUUAUCUGAAUUAAGCUCGACAAAGAUGGAGGAAGGUUCUAAGGUUGAGUCAACAUUGAAACCCGAGAACGCAGAGGCUGCUCAUGUGCUAAAUGUGCUCAGUGCUAUAAUUCCAUUUCUCUCGGCCAAAGUUAGCUCUAAAGUUUUUUCAGAACUUUGCAAGCUUAUGACUUCUCAGUUUUCGCCGCUGACGAGGCAGAUUCUAAAAGCGAUUGAUUCUAUCUUCAAGAACUCAGAAGAUACAGUUAUUGUUCCUGAGAUAGAAGGAGUCAUAACUUCUUUGACUAAUUAUCUAUCUUUACACGAUAAGAAUCCUGCUGACACUAUCGUGCAUGUGAGCACCCUAUUAAAAAGUGCUUUGGAGAAAGCCUACUCAGACGAACCGUUAUUAUGUCUAAGAAAACUUCCACUAGUGUGUGGGUCAUUGGCAGGCCUUCUGACUUCCGCGGACGACGUUGCAUCCCAAGUCUCAGUUAUAUUAAAAGAUUUGAUCAGUAGCUACAUUGAUACGAAUAAUCUUCUGACCGAAAGAAGCUUGUUGUGUGAAGAUGAGGAUAACUUAACCGGUGGAGGCAAUAUAAAUGCAGCAAGAUCUGUCUGCAGAGUCUUUGAGAGUACCCUAAACUCAUGUGAUGGAAUUCCAAAGGAGUGCAUUUUAACUGUCACAGCUCUUUUGAUCGAGAAACUUGGAGAGCUUUCAUAUAUUCUUGCAAAUAAUAUAAUUUUUAAGCUUGCCGACAUAAUGAAAAAUGCAACUGGAGAUAAUUCUAGCUCACAAUAUGUUCAGCAAUGCAUUGGGUCUGCAGUGGUUGCCAUGGGGCCAGUGAGGCUACUAACACUUCUUCCUAUCACCCUUCAUGCUGAGAGCCACUCAUGCGAAAAUGAUUGGCUAAUUCCUAUCUUAAGAAGAUAUAUCGUUGGAGCAACUCUUGACUAUUAUGUCAAACACAUUGUUCCCCUUGCAAAAUCAUUGAUGCUUGCUUCUAAAGGAGCUAAAAAGUCAGCUCACGGCAAAAAGUUGCGGCCAUGUGGUCACGAGCUGCUGAGACUGUUACCUGCCUUCUGUAAUUAUCCAACUGAUGUGCCCCAAAAUUUUGGAUCAUUAGCCAAACUGAUGGCUAAAUUUAUCAAGAAAAAAUCUUUCAUGCAUGAAGCCGUGGCCGUUUCUCUACAGAUGCUUGUUAAUCAGAAUAAAAGAAUACCUAAACCCAGUACUGAUAUGGGCGAAGCAAAAGCCGAUAUAAGUGAAGAUUCUAAACCAGAGUUUGAGAGUAGAUUUCACUAUUCGAGGAAAGCUUCAACUAAAAACUUGAAGGCUUUGGCAUCAAGCUCCGCAGUAUUGCUUCAAACUCUUGUCGAUUUAUUCACUGUUUCAGGCACAGAGAUCCGUGCAGACUUUAAGGCUGCAAUUGGAUGCUUAGCUUCUACUUUGGAUUCUUCAGUGAGGAAAAAGAUUCUAAUUUCCUUGCUAAAUAAGUUUGAUCCUGCUGGUGAAAGCGAGAUCGAAGGGAAGGUCGAUCAGUCUAAUGAUUCAAUGGAUGAAGAAAAAGACAACCGCAGUACUACAAAGACACAGUUAAAGAGGAGUGCUGUGCUUGAUCUUGCAUCUUCAUUUGUUGAAGGAGCCAAAGAAGAUCUUAUUGAGUUGAUUUAUAAUCUUGUUCGCCAAAGUUUUCUGGCUACUAACGAGGCUGAUCUUCGUGGGGCGUAUGAGACUCUGAGCAGACUUCUGGAGGAACAUGGUUGGUUUUGUUCAUCUCAUUUUGCAGAGGUGAUAAAGAUGCUACUCAGCCAUAAAACUCUGGAGGAUGCAGCAUCUUCUAAAAGUCGAUUUGCAUGUUUCCACGUUCUAAUGGCGCAUGGAAUUCAGUCGAGCUCUGAGGAGGAGAAUGAGAAGGCUUUCCUUAUCCUGAACGAGAUGAUCCUGACGCUUAAAGAUGGGAAUGAAGAACAUAGAAAAGCAGCGUGUGAUGCACUGGUUAUGGUAUAUACCACCCUGAAAAAUUCAUCAUCUAUCACCAGUGAUGAACCUUGUCCCAAAUUAAUCAACAUGAUAACGGGUUAUAUUUCUGGAUCAUCGCCGCACAUAAGGAGUGGAGCAGUGUCUGCGUUAUCUGUCUUGAUAUACAAAGACCCUGAGAUCUGCCUGUCGUCACCAGAGCUUCUUUCCUCUGUUUUAUCAUUGCUUCACACCAAAUCCAUUGAGAUUAUCAAAGCUGUUUUGGGGUUUGUGAAAGUUUUAGUCUCGACAUCGCAAGCCCAGGACUUGCAGAAUCUACUGCAGAACCUCUUAUGGGAAAUUCUUCCCUGGUCGUCUGUUUCAAGACAUUAUUUCAAGUCAAAGGUAACGAUCAUAGUUGAGAUUAUGAUAAGGAAGUGCGGUACCCGCGCAGUCCAAUUAGCCACACCAGACAAGCACAAGAGUUUCCUCCAGACAGUUUUAGAGAACCGUUCAGGGAAACCAAAAGACAAAGAAGAGACCAAUGAUUCACAGACUACAUCCAUCGACCCACCCAGAGAGCCACGAAAAAGAAAUAACAGAGAAGCCUCAUCAGAAACAAAAACCAAACGAGACGGUGGCAGAGGACACAACAAAUUCAAACGACAGAAGAGCACACAUCAUCAGAGGCGGAGCCAUGCCUAAUGAUACAUAAUCUGGAAAGCACCAUAAAAUCUAAUCUGAGAGUCAGACAAGUUUUGCAGUUUUCAUAUACCACAAACCGAACAUGGUGUGUAUCUAUACACAGUAGAUUAUACACAUCAAGAUUUUUCAAA